UGACAUCCAGUGCUAAUUGCGGACAAAAAUGCUGUGAAAUCACAAGGACGUUGCAUACAGUUGAGAUGUACUGGGUUGUAGUUUAGAAACCAGGUCUCUCUUAGAAGACUGCAGUGCUACGAAAAAGACAAUGCUGCACUACAAGGCUAAGUGGCCCCUUCAUACGAGACAGCCUUUCCGUGGCUUCCUUCUUGGUUGGUACCUCCUCUGGAAGGGCUGGUGGCUGACUGGGCUGUUGGGGGUGUCUGGAAGUGAAAAUGACCCAAGGCCUUCCAUCUCUGUGAGCCCCACUGGGGUGGUCCCUUUGGGGGGAAAUGUCACCAUCCAUUGCACCUGUGGAAUCUCUUCAGAUGUUACCUGGCAUCUCACCAAACAUAACCGUGAACCUGGUCAUACUGUCGAACAGAAAACAGAACAAACAUGUGUGGUGGUAUUUUCCAUAAGCAAUGCUCAGCUUUCAAAUGCAGGGCUGUACUCGUGCAGGUAUUGUGUCCGGGACCCAUGCUCAGAUUUUAGUAAUAAAGUCUCCAUCAAUAUAACAGAUCCCAGCCUGCCCCAACCCUCUAUCCAGAUGAACCUGAGAGGAAAGAACACUUCAGGUCUGAAUGUCACCAUAACGUGCCAAGGGCCCAAGAAUGGUCUGAUGUUUGCCUUAUAUAAUUCAAGGGAGCAGAUAGCAUUUCAGGCUGCAGAGCCAAAGAAAAACACCACCAUCUUCUCAAUCUCCCUGGUGAGAUCAGAGGAUGCAAGGAACUACAGGUGCCAAUACCGUCAGAAGGGAAAAGCAUUUGUCUGGUCAGAACCAAGUGACCCUACAGAGCUGGAGCUGGAGGUGGAAGUGGAAGACACAGCCAUUGCCAAAUGGGCGAGCAUUGCUGCAGGCCUUCUCCUUCUGGUUCUCCUUCUGGCAUUGAUUGCCUUUGUCCUGCACAGGAAAAAGAGAAGAGGUUCCUUUGUCAAGGAAGAAAGCCAACCAGUGAACAAGCCCUCAGAACCUGGUCGUGAUGAAAAUCCCGAGGACGUCUCCUAUGCUGUAUUGAACCACAAAUCGUGGAAACCCGUGCAGAUGUCCAGUCCUAACACAGUCUCUGAAUCCUGCGUCUAUGCAACUGUUGUCAAAGAUUAAAACCAGGAAGGGACGAAAUGCAGGACUUCUGAAGGAUAGUGCUAUUCUGGGAACUUGACAUGAAUUACAGGGAAGCUGGUUCAGGCAUUCAGGGGCUGAUUUAUCCAAUAUGGGUAUUUAGGUAUUUGAGGAAACGCCAUGACAGACUGGACAGUAUGUGACUGUGCAGUCUAGUUUCAGGAGUUUGAAACCCCAUUGUGCCUCAAAAAGAGAGGCCAGCCAAAACACACUGAGAGUGUGUGUGGCUGAUGGGAUUAUGUGUCCUUCCACCCUAAAGGCCUUGGGUGAGCAUCAUGAUGCUGUAGUGCUACCAGAAGGAAAAACUGCUAUAUCACCUCUGAGUACAUUAUACUGAGAAAAACCUGGGAAGACUGCUGUACAUUGGUAUCAUCUUCAUGGGACAGAACAUAAGAUAACCCAGCUGGCUUGGUCUACUAUCACUACACUGUGGUGACCAGUGCUUUCACCUAAUGAAAUAUAUAUAUGAUCAGAAAAUGACCAAAGUCUUAUAGGUUGCAAAUCAUAUAUAUAUAUAUGAUAUAUAUAUAUAAAAGACUUCAGUCAUUUUCUGAUCAUGACCAAUUUUUGGUUCCAGCCAAAAGAUGAGAUGACUUUUUCUCAUCUGGCUAGUUGUGAUAUGUUCUUGUCAAGAUUUUCUGAUCAUGACCAACAUGACCAGUGCUUUCACCUAAUGAAAUAUAUAUAUGAUCAGAAAAAUGA